CUGUUUAUUUGGAACAUCAGUUGUGCGAAUAAUAUCAGCAAUGAUACGACUCUGGAUCCUUGUCUUAACUCUGUCUCUGCUCACUGGCAGCGCCUACGGCAGUGUGACAUUUUGGUUGAGCCUAUUAGGACUCGGUCCAGCAAUGGGUUCACCACUUCCAGCUCCUCUUCCUGCUGCUCCUCCAAUUAUCUUCCCACCUGGGUUUGCUGGCUAUGUUGGCGGUGGCGGUGGUGACUGUGGUUCAUGUGAUAUAUAAUGCAUUUUUGGCACUGUAUCCUUCCAUGAAAAGGAUCGCUUUGGUAAUAUUUAUACAUAAUGCAUAUAUACCAAUUCUGGCUCUUUUAUGUUCAUAUUUGAUUUCCAAAUAAACACCAAUGGUAAUUAUUGAA